AUGAAUUCGGUCCGCCUGAAUCAACAAGUGCGUUCGGACUUCGAUGAGUUGCUUGCUCCAUUCCAACAAACUGACUCCGUCCGCUUUGAGGUUUUCUCCAAAAUAUGGAGGGAAAAGAAGUUGGGACAAAUAUUUUACGGUACCGUCGGGUGUGAAAAGCGAGCAUUCAGUCGACUGGUGUUGGACAUGGCCAUCGGCUACUUCAUGCCUCCUUUCAGCUUCCAGAUCCGAGUGGGAGGACUUUACCUGAUAUACAGUCUUUACCACUGCCAGACUGCCUCGCCACCCGUCAGGAUCCGAAUGGCGCUGAAGGAUUGGGACUACGUGCUGAGCUUCGAGAAGGACGCAUUAGGAUCUCAACAUCUGGAUGCCAUCUUCAUCCUUCGACAGCUGGUCUUCUGUAAAGCCUUCUACUUCACCGCCAUGCCUACUUUGCUGACGUUUAAGAAGACCAAGAAGGGAAUGCGAACUCGGAUGUCUAACAAGUUUAUAGCCAGAGCGUGUGGCCCACAAGAGCUUAUCGACAGAGACGCCAUGGAGGAGCUGUCCAACGUCCACAAUCUGUACUGCAAGCUCAAGUCGUCCGUCUACACCGUGGAGGAGGGGAAGCGCCUGGGGAUAAACCUGACCCGCCAAAAUAUGCUCGCGCAGCUGCGAGGAUAUGUCCUGAGUUACCACAACUGGCAGAGGAGGAAACAAGAGGAAGAGAGCGAGCACGAAGAAAACGAUGACUGCGGCGAGGGAACUUCUUCACAAACAGAGAGUUCCCAAAGAGCUCGACUUCUGUCGUCCAUCAAGUCCAAAGCGUACGGAGAAGCAACUGAGGCUCCCAAGUCACGUCGCCAUCGACAGGUUGAAGUAGAUGCCAGCGAUCUGUUGGGCCCUGCUUCUCCAAAAAGACCCGCCAGGUCAGCCAAAGCGUCCCUCAAAGCAAGAACUCAAGAGAACCUUUGUAUCACGGGCCACUUGAAAAACGAAGUGUCCACAACCACUCGAAUCCAUCGUCUUGUCACCCUGCAGCGCUGCAAAAUUGAAGGUUUCUUGUUCUUUAUCAUCACCUGA